GGACGCUCCCCCUUCUCCCGGCUCCAGCCGGCGCAGGCCAAGGCGGCUGGGCUGUAGCGGCGAGCCGCGGCCCGGCGAGGCCAUGAAGGUGAAGAAGGGCGCCGGCGGGGCCGGGACGGGGGCGGAGCCCGCUCCUGGGGCUUCGGGCCUGAGCGCACAACCCACGCCGGGUCUGCAAGCGGAAUCGGAAUCAGAGUCCGAGUCGGAGCCGGAGUCAGGCCUGGGGCCCAGACCGGGGCCGUUGCAAGGAAAGCAGCCCAUUGGGCCGGAGGACGUGCUGGGGCUGCAGCGGAUCACGGGCGACUACUUGUGCUCCCCUGAGGAGAAUAUCUACAAGAUCGACUUUGUCAGGUUCAAGAUCCGGGACAUGGACUCAGGCACUGUCCUCUUUGAAAUCAAGAAGCCCCCUGCCUCAGAACGGUUGCCCAUCAACCGGCGGGACCUGGACCCCAAUGCUGGGCGCUUUGUCCGCUACCAGUUCACACCUGCCUUCCUCCGCCUGAGGCAGGUGGGAGCCACGGUGGAGUUCACAGUGGGAGACAAGCCUGUUAACAACUUCCGCAUGAUCGAGAGGCACUACUUCCGAAACCAGCUGCUCAAAAGCUUUGACUUCCAUUUUGGCUUCUGCAUCCCCAGCAGCAAGAACACCUGCGAGCAUAUCUAUGACUUUCCCCCUCUGUCUGAGGAGCUGAUCAAUGAGAUGAUCCGUAAUCCCUAUGAGACACAAUCUGACAGCUUCUACUUCGUGGAUGACCGGCUGGUGAUGCACAAUAAAGCAGACUAUUCCUACAGCGGCACACCCUGACCCCCCAAACUGCUCCAUACCCCAGGAGGCUCUGGCCUGGGCCCUCAGCUGUGACUUCUCCAAACUCAUCUCUCAACCCCAGAUCUUCUGCUUGGGGUGUGCUCCAGGAGACCUGGACCCUGAGUCAGUAUUGGGAGGAAGGGUACCUAGUGUCCCCAGGCCACACCCGGCACCCUUGGGCCCUGGUCCACGGGUUGACAUGAUAGGGAGCUAUUUGUCUUUGUGUCUUUUUAGGCCUCCUGCAAGAGGAGCAGCCAGGACUUCCAGACAGCUUAGCUUGGUCCUCUUGAGCCCAAGUUUCACAAUACUGUUUCCGGCUCCAUGCUGUGACUAGGUCAGGACAAGGAUCCAUUCUCAGUCCUCUGUCAGCCACAUUGAGGGCAUUUAGAGUUAUAAAUUCUCAGAGAAAGAGCCACAGGGGAUGUGGGCCUCAGCUCCAGACUGUCCCAUCAGCAGCCAAGAUACUGCCUGAGAUGUAGGGGACUAGCCCAGAUUUCAGCCUGUGCUAGGAACUGGACCACUUGUAUAUAGUUUUCAAUAAACCUUUUCCUUUUCUGUUC